GCUAUUACGUGGAGAGCCUUUUUUUGUGUAGCGAUUCUCAGUUAGUCUUUUCUUUAAGCUUACAGCUUCUCUCCAGAGUUUUAUAAUGGGUAAGGAGAAGGUUCACAUCAACCUUGUUGUCAUUGGCCAUGUCGACUCUGGCAAGUCGACCACUACUGGUCAUUUGAUCUACAAGCUUGGUGGUAUUGACAAGCGUGUGAUUGAGAGGUUCGAGAAGGAGGCUGCUGAAAUGAACAAAAGGUCAUUCAAGUAUGCUUGGGUGCUUGACAAGCUUAAGGCUGAGCGUGAACGUGGUAUCACCAUUGAUAUUGCCCUGUGGAAGUUUGAGACCACCAAAUACUAUUGCACCGUUAUUGAUGCACCUGGACACCGUGACUUUAUCAAGAACAUGAUUACCGGUACCUCACAGGCUGACUGUGCUGUUCUCAUUAUUGACUCAACCACUGGUGGUUUUGAAGCUGGUAUCUCUAAAGAUGGUCAGACUCGUGAGCAUGCUUUGCUUGCUUUUACCCUCGGUGUUAGGCAGAUGAUUUGCUGCUGCAACAAGAUGGAUGCAACAACCCCAAAGUACUCAAAGGCAAGGUUUGAUGAAAUUGUCAAGGAAGUCUCUUCUUAUCUUAAGAAAGUUGGGUACAACCCUGAGAAGAUCCCGUUUGUUCCAAUCUCCGGUUUUGAGGGUGACAACAUGAUUGAGAGAUCUACAAACCUCGAUUGGUACAAGGGUCCUACUCUCCUUGAGGCUCUUGACCAGAUCACCGAGCCCAAGAGGCCCUCAGAUAAGCCACUUCGUCUUCCACUUCAGGAUGUCUACAAGAUUGGUGGUAUUGGAACUGUCCCUGUUGGUCGUGUUGAAACUGGUGUCCUCAAACCCGGUAUGGUUGUUACUUUUGGUCCUACUGGUCUGACCACUGAAGUUAAGUCUGUUGAGAUGCACCAUGAAUCCCUCCCGGAAGCUUUCCCUGGUGACAAUGUUGGGUUCAACGUUAAGAACGUUGCUGUUAAGGAUCUUAAACGUGGUUUUGUUGCUUCAAACUCCAAGGAUGAUCCGGCCAAGGAAGCUGCCAACUUCACCUCACAGGUUAUCAUCAUGAACCACCCUGGCCAAAUUGGAAAUGGUUAUGCCCCAGUCCUCGACUGCCACACCUCUCACAUUGCUGUCAAAUUUUCUGAGCUGUUGACCAAGAUUGACAGACGAUCUGGCAAGGAACUCGAGAAGGAACCCAAGUUCUUGAAGAACGGUGAUGCAGGUAUGGUAAAGAUGAUUCCCACCAAACCCAUGGUGGUUGAGACUUUCUCCGAAUACCCACCACUCGGACGUUUUGCUGUCCGUGACAUGCGCCAGACCGUUGCUGUCGGUGUCAUCAAGAGUGUUGAGAAGAAGGACCCAACUGGUGCUAAGGUCACCAAAUCUGCUGCCAAGAAGAAAUGAGAGAUUAUUUCAGAGAUAAUUAUCAGUUUUCAUUACAGCUUUGGACAAUUAUCUUAAAUUUGGACUUUAAAUUUACUUUUUAUGAGACUUGUUGAUUUGCUUUUUAAACAAA